AUGAGAGAAAUUUUACAUUUACAAGUUGGUCAAUGCGGUAACCAAAUCGGUAGCAAGUUCUGGGAAGUCAUCUCGGAAGAGCACGGAAUCCAGACUGAUGGUACCCACAAGGCAGACACUGCCGAAUUGGAAAGACUCCAACUCGAAAGAAUCAAUGUAUACUAUAACGAAGUCUCCAACAAAAAGUACGUCCCACGUGCCGUCUUGGUCGAUUUGGAGCCAGGUACCAUGGACUCUAUCAGAGCUUCAUCAUACGGAAAGCUCUUCCGUCCAGGAAACUUUAUCAACGGUCAAUCUGGUGCCGGUAACAAUUGGGCCAAGGGUCAUUACACUGAGGGUGUUGAAUUGGUUGAUGAAGUAUUAGAAGUUGUUAGACAAGAAGCCGAAAACUGCGAUUGUUUACAAGGUUUCCAAGUCACUCACUCUAUUGGUGGUGGUACUGGUUCCGGUCUCGGUACACUUUUGGUAUCUAGAAUUCGUGAAGAGUACCCAGAUCGUAUGAUGUGUACCUACUCUGUCGUUCCAUCGCCAAAGGUUUCACUCACUGUCGUCGAACCAUAUAACGCCACUCUCUCUGUCCAUCAACUCGUCGAAAAUGCCGAUGAGGUUAUGUGCAUUGAUAACGAGGCUCUCCACGAUAUUUGCUCCAGAACCCUUAAACUCGCCACCCCAACCUACGGUGACUUGAACCACCUCAUCUCUUCUGUCAUGUCUGGUAUCACCUGUUGUCUCCGUUUCCCAGGUCAAUUAAACUCUGAUCUUAGAAAGUUGGCUGUUAAUUUGAUUCCAUUCCCACGUUUACAUUUCUUCUUGGUUGGUUAUGCUCCAUUGACUGCCCAAACCUCCAAAUCAUACAACCGUGUCACUGUUGCCGAUCUCACCCAACAAAUGUUUGAUGCCAAGAACAUGAUGGCUGCCUCUGACCCACGUAACGGCAAGUACUUGACCGCCUCUGCCGUCUUUAGAGGAAAGAUUGCUUCCAAGGACGUCGACGAACAAAUGUUGCUCAUCCAAAAUAGAAACUCGCCAUACUUUGUCGAAUGGAUCCCCAACAACAUCAAGUCUUCGAUUUGUGACAUUCCACCAAAGGGCACCCCCAUGUCUGUCACCUUUAUCGGUAACAGCACCGCCAUCCAAGAAUUGUUCAAGAGAACCAAUGCUCAAUUCUCUGCCAUGUUCCACAGAAAGGCCUUCCUUCAUUGGUACACCCUCGAAGGUAUGGACGAACUCGAAUUCAAUGAAGCCGAGAGCAACAUGAACGAUCUUGUCUUUGAAUACCAACAAUACAACGAAGCAACCGCCGACGAAGAACAAAACGGUGAUGACGAAGAGGUCCAAGAACAAGUCGAUGGUGGUGAUGAAGCCUACUAA